AUGGCUGAAUUUGUCAAAGGCGUGAAAGAUCGUGUCUCAAGUCAUCCACCGUUGGAAUGCAGACCUCCAUGCGGGCUUCAAAAAGCUGCCCGAACCUUUUCAUGCAGCCGAUGUGCUGAGGAGGACUGCAAUAUCCCGGUGACCUGUCCCCUUAAGGACAUCAAGGUGGAAGAGCUGGAAGAGACCAGAAUCUGGUGCACGGCGUCCUUUAUCCUUCCUGAUCAUCCGAAGGUUGUUUGGAAGUACGCCAAAAACAUCAAAAAAACGGAUUUGAGUAACUUUAAAGACAUCUACAUUGGGGAUGACCUGGAUGUACACAUCAAGCCAACCAGAGUCAGCCAUAAAGGAACUUAUGCCUGUGAGAUAAUUGAUGAGGAUGAUGACAUCAUACUCCGAAGAUUCUUUUAUCUCGAUGUGACGCAGACUAAAUCCAAGGCAAUGGAGGAAAUAGAAGCUGAAUUCCAUCGAGCUCUGGCACAAAAACUACCUACCCAGGAGGAAGAGGAGGAGAGGAUCGAACAUGGUCCCUCCACUAAAGACAUCAUCCUCACCUUCCUCCAGAGCCAUGUCAGCUAUGCCAUCUACGCUGCUGUCUGCUGUCUUAUUGUCACCGUAUUGGUCGGGUUCCUUUGGCGUCAUGCCCUGAGCGUAGACUGGUCGAAAAAAACAUCAGGACCAAGAACCAGCUUCCCACCAGGACACUACCUGCCGCCAUAG